CUAUACUUGGUGUUGACAUGUUUGUUACUAGUCAGCUGAACAGGGAGUGUAUGAAAUGAAAGUUACUUUGGUACUUGUAGUAUAUGUCACCAUUAGUUUUGUUGAGACAGAAAAAUGGAAUUCAUCAUUUUGCUUGACUCGACAGAUUCAUGCAGUUUUCCGCAGCCAUGGUUACUUAUUCUCCUGGGAAAAUCAACCAGCACCAAUUGCACCUUUGAACUGGUUGGAGGCCAGAAAGUAUUGCCGUGAUCGCUGUAUGGAACUUGUCAGUCUUGAAACUUUGGAUGAGAAUGAAUUUGUGAAAGAAAAAAUAGAUUCAGGGGAACAAAAUUACGCCUGGACAAGUGGACGGAAAUGUGACUUCCAAGGAUGCAAUCGAACUGAUCUGCUUCCUAUAGAUAUUAAUGGUUGGUAUUGGGCAGGUACUUUGCAGAAAAUACCACCUACAACAGACAGGUUUAAUACUGACUGGAGCGAUGGUGGUGGGUUAGGCUAUCCUCAACCUGAUAACCGCGAGAAGCUGCAAGGGGGUUCAGAAGAGUCUUGCAUAGCAAUCCUAAACAAUUUACACAAUGAUGGAUUACACUGGCAUGACUUAGUGUGUGAUCACCGGCUUCCAUUCAUUUGCGAAGACAAUGAUGAGUUACUACAAAUAGCAGGAAUACCCAAACCAAGUUCUUCUGAAAGUUACAUAGUCAAUUUGUUACUGGAGCAAAACCCAGAACACCCUCCUGAAACAGCAGUAAUGAUCGAAAUAGAACAACUUGCCCCAGAUUUUUAUGAAAACGUUGAUGAAGUUGGCCAGGAAAUUUUCUUGAAAUAUAACUUCUUUGUUCAUUUAUAA